GUUGGGUGUGCCUGUUCGGUUUUAUUUUGGUCCGGAUAGUAAACUGCUCCCUUACAUCUCCUUAAAUAUAAAGUAAGGAAAAAGAAAAAACUCAGUUCGGGUAACCAAGUUCAACAAGUAAUCCUUGGGGCCGCUGUGGUAUCGCCAAAAUCUACAUAGUAUCUCUUAUUAAAAUGUUUUGACGAAAAUGUAACAAUUACGGUACUUAAUGGUAACAAUGUGGCUGAGGAAGCAAUAGUUAACAAAGAGGAGUAAGCCAGGUAAUAAACCAGAUUUCUAUUGGUCACAAAUUUGAAGUUGAGACCUGUUAUCCAAUUACCAAGUACUUCCGCAUACAUCAUAGGCAUUUGAAGAUUUCAACCAAUCAGGAGCAUGUUCCUUCUAUAAAAGGAACCCAGAACCUAACCUCUGCAUUUCCUAUUUCUUUGUAGAAAUGGCUCGUACUAAGCAGACCGCUCGCAAGUCCACUGGCGGCAAGGCCCCGCGCAAGCAGCUGGCCACCAAGGCCGCCCGCAAGAGCGCCCCGGCCACCGGCGGCGUGAAGAAACCUCACCGCUACCGUCCCGGCACCGUGGCGCUGCGCGAGAUCCGGCGCUACCAGAAGUCGACCGAGCUGCUGAUCCGCAAGCUGCCGUUCCAGCGCCUGGUGCGCGAGAUCGCGCAGGACUUCAAGACCGACCUGCGCUUCCAGAGCUCGGCCGUCAUGGCUCUGCAGGAGGCGAGCGAGGCCUACCUUGUGGGUCUGUUUGAGGACACCAACCUGUGCGCCAUCCACGCCAAGCGUGUCACCAUCAUGCCCAAGGACAUCCAGCUGGCCCGCCGUAUCCGCGGCGAGCGGGCUUAAUAGGCACGCUUUCUACACUGGCACGUAAACCAAAACGGCUCUUUUAAGAGCCACCUCCA